CGCUUGCGGAAACUACGAUAAAGCUGUAUGCUUUAAAACUUAUUUUGAAUUGGCAUGAGAAUGUUGUAAAAUCUUUCAGGUAUCUUUUAGUUUGGCCAGGGCAAAAAUUUUGGAGCACAUCGGAGACAAACUGUACGAUCCUGAUUACAAUAGUAAAAUCCAGGCUUCCGAAGCUCUCAAAAAAGCUAAAAUGUUUACGGACGAAUGCGUCAAAGCUACUUGGAACACAAGCACGAGUGAAGAGAUAUUAGUCACCAAGAAUUAUCUCAAACCAAGGGGUAUCGAUACACUCGUUACACCAAUGGUUGAUACCAACUGGCCUGAACCGAACAAGGGCUAUUACAUGUUCCUCGAUCAGAACACUGCAUAUAUGGGUAAAACCUAUUAUGAUGAAGACGCUUUCAAGACAAUCAAAGAGAACUACGUUAACACCGCAACAGCAGUCGUCAGUCGAUUCGCGAAAGCUCAGGGAAUCUCUAAAGAUCCAUCUGAGCUCAAAGAAGGAAUCAGAAGUCUUAUCGAAUUCGAACAGCGACUUGUCCUUGCCUACAGCACUAGUGAUGAGAUCCGUCGCGAAUACAAAAGAUCGUGGAAUCCAAAAAGCAUCGCUGAACUUGCAGACUAUAAAUUUGUCGACUGGAAGGAUACAUAUUUCCAACAGGUUGCACAUUUGUAA